GGCCAAGAGUGGACCGUGAAACCGCUCGUAAAGCAUUCGAUUCAGAUUUCCGGAACAAGUUUGGCGACGAUGGGAAGUGGCGAUGCCUCCGUAGGUGUUUAGUCAUCUGGUCUGGAGUUGUGGAUCUGCUGCUCACUUUGUACCAAGACCAAGACAAGUGCAGGUGCAACAGUGCGUGAUCCGGUGACCUAUUUCUGGAUUACCUAUUUAUGACGGUGAUGAAUUUCCGAGUGUUGUAAAAUGGAGCCCUUCGACUGGCAUUGGCUCGGCUUCCUUGUUUUCUUCGCAACUUGCGCAACCAAAGCUGACAAGAUUUAUACAGGUUUAUACAGCGGCGAGUUAGAGUCGCAAGUCCACGAAACUGUUCCUCGGAAAGUGGGACCUGGAGGCGAAUUUAUCUCUCACGAUUUGACAAGUUUUCACGAUGAUGGUCGCGUGCACUUCAACGUUACUCUCUAUGAUCGGGAGCAUUUAUUGGUGCUUGAACCGGUCCGAAAUUUUUUAGCUCCGGCUCUUGUAAUCGAGAAAAGGAGAAGAGACACAUACACCAGAUCGAAACCGAGCGAUAAAUCCAAAAAGUGUCAUUUUCAAGGCAUUGUUCAGGGACAGCCGAAUUCCAGGGUGGCCGUUUCGGCCUGUAAUGGACUGACAGGUAUGUUACACAUGGACGAGGGUAAAUAUUAUAUUGAGCCCUCUCAUCAUCCCUUAAAACAAGUCGAUUCGGGUCAUCCCCAUCUUAUCUACAAGCGUUCGGCCGUGACAAGUGCGAAGAGAAAGAAGAAGAGGAAAAGAAAGAAGCACUUUCGGGAUUGCGGCACCCGCGAGCCGAAGAAAAUGACCGAACUGGAAUGGCAGAAACAGCUGGGAAAAGUGAAGGUGCAAGAGAAAAAGCACAAAACUAAACAUAAAAUUGAUAUCCCGAGCGUACAGCAGUCUCAAAUGAAAAAACAUAAAUAUAAGAAAGUUGAUGUGAGGGAAAAGCGCUCCGUUAGCAAACCGCACUACGUCGAGACUUUGCUCGUCGCUGAUCCCACAAUGGUCGAAUUUCACGAAGAUGGAGACAUCGAAACUUAUUUACUCACCAUCAUGAAUAUGGUGUCCUCUCUGUACAUGGAUCCAAGUAUCGGCAAUUUGAUAAAAGUUGUUGUUGUUAAAAUUAUUUUAAUCGACGAUCCGUUGGCAGAACCGGAACUGAAUGUAUCCGUCAAUGCAGAUCUCACGUUAAAGAACUUUUGUAAAUGGCAAAAAAAUUUAAAUCCCGACGACUCGCAUCCGCAUCAUCACGACGUUGCUAUUCUUAUCACGAGGAAGGAUAUCUGUGCCAGACAAAACGCACCGUGUAAUACUCUGGGUGUUGCUCAUGUUGCCGGGAUGUGCAAAAGCUCCCGGAGCUGCAGCGUCAACGAGGACAAUGGCAUUACUCUAGCCCACACCAUCGCACACGAAAUGGGACACAACUUCGGAAUGUACCACGACACUGAAAAAAUCGGUUGUAGAGGCAGGCAGGGCAACACCUCGCACAUCAUGACUCCGAGCUUCGAAGCCGACACCGUGGGGGUCAGCUGGUCUCGAUGUAGCCGUCGCGACAUCACCAACUUUCUUGACAAGGGACUCGGACUGUGUCUGCAAGACGAACCGGAAGAUAAUGAAGACUACGAAUACCCGGAACUGCCCCCCGGAGCAAUGUACAACGCGGAUUACCAGUGCCGGUUUCAAUUUGGGGCCGAGACGACUGUGUGCUCGCCGUUGGAUGAGAUAUGUGUGAGGUUGUGGUGUCUCGUAAAUGACACUUGUACGACGCAGCUGAGGCCGGCAGCCCCCGGGACUUAUUGCGGAAAACACAAGUGGUGUCAGGAUCAGAAAUGCGUGCCGAUAAUGGAGCCCCCUGUCGCGAUCGACGGCGGAUGGGGCGACUGGAGUUCCUGGAGUGAAUGUUCUCGCACCUGUGGUGCCGGCGUGUCCGUCACACAAAGAGAAUGCGACCACCCGACACCGACAGCCGGAGGCCGUUUCUGCAUUGGAGAGCGAAGACGCUACCGGAUGUGCAACACCGAUCCUUGCCCCGACAACACCCUCACAUUCCGCGCCCUCCAGUGCUCCAAACACAACAACAAGACCUACGAAGGGAAAAAGUACGCGUGGCAGCCCUACUUCGACCAAGAAGAGCCGUGUCAAUUAUACUGCAGCGACGCUAAUGAAACGGUGAUCGUUCCUUGGGGCGAGUUCGCGGCCGACGGGACCCCUUGCAACGUGGGGGCGCGCGACGUCUGCAUCUCCGGGAUUUGCAGAAAAGUGGGAUGCGACUGGGUGGUCGACUCCACGGCUCAAGAAGAUGAGUGCGGGAUCUGUCAAGGAGACGGGACGAAAUGCGACAAAAUCGAAGGCUUGUACAGCAAACAGAGCCACUCUCCGGGAUAUCGAGAAGUUGUAGUAAUACCACCCGGUGCACGGAAUAUCCGCAUCGAGGAAAAGGAUCACUCCGAAAACUACAUCAGCAUUGGGAGCGCUCUCGCCAAGAAAUUCUAUCUCAAUGGAAAACGUCACAUCACGUUACCGGGCGAAUAUACCGUGGCAGGGGCCCAAGCCCUUUACGAAAGGGACAACCAGUUGGAGAAGAUUCGAAUACCGGGUCCGAUACGAGAACCAAUAGUCGUUUACGUAAUUUUCAGAGGAAAAGUCCAUAACCCGGGCGUGGAAUACAAGUACUCGAUUUCAAAACCCGAAACGACCCAACAACUCAAAUACACGUGGAUCAUGGGUGACUGGUCGCAGUGCUCGGCCACGUGUGGUGGAGGCGUGCAGGAGCGCCGACCCUUGUGCCAGGAAUCGACGGUAAGGAGUGUCCCAUCGGUGGUCGAUGGGACGUCGAGGAUUGUGGAUGAGAUAACGUGUGAUGGGUCGGAACGCCCCGAUAUGAUGGUCAGGACGUGUAAUGACGAUCCUUGUCCGACCCACUGGUGGGUGGGUCCUUGGCAGAGUUGUCCGGUGACGUGCUCCAGAGAGGGAGAGAAAGUGCUGAAAAGGAGAAGUGUGAUGUGUGUAGAUGGACAGGAGAUGGCGCUGCCUGACCGAUUUUGUGACAGACAUGUGAAACCCCUGGAAUAUACGCAUUGCAGGGCUCUACCAAUUUGCGAUUGAAAAAAUUAUUGUUGUUGUAUAGAAUUAACCUAAUUUUAUUUAUGUUGUAGAAGAGUUUUUAACAACACAAUACUCAUAAAAUGUACCAUGUAAUCCACAAUACAGUUUUCUAUUUUUUGGUUUCCAUUUUGAAUUAUAUGGUAUAAAAUAUAAGACUGAUUUUGUAUUAGGUAUUAAUUGUACUAAUUUCCCUAAUAAAAAGUAUAGUUGCA